AUGUCGGAAUCCGCCGUGUUCACGACGUCUCUUGUUGAACUGAAAGGAGGAGGAGGAGCAGGAGCAGGAGGAGCACGAGGAGAAGCCAAGGUCAAGAUUCGACAGGUUGCAUCUGAAGAGUUCGGCUGCUUCAUCUGGCCAUCGGCUGUGCUUCUUUCUCAAUAUCUCUUUGAGCACUCUGGCGUAGUAAGGAACAGCAAGGUACUGGAGUUGGGAGCAGGGGUGGGGUUGCCCGGCUUGCUAUGCAGAAAGCUUGGGGCUUCAAGGGUUCUUCUCACAGAUCUGAGCAAGCCCCCGAUCAUCCUCAGCAACUUGCAGCACAAUUGCUGUGCCAACGAGCUAGAACAUUGCUCAGCUGCUCCAAUGGACUGGGGUAUCGUCACGGAGGAGAUGCUGCUCAUGCGACGCACAUGCUACGAUGUCCUGCUGGCAGCAGACUGCCUGUACUCGUCCUCCUUAUACGAAGACUUUCUCUGUACGGCAUCCUUCUUCCUACGUCCUGCUCCAAAGGGGGAGGCUGGAGCAUCAUCGGUCAAGGCUCCGGCUCGUCCGCGUCUCUUCACUGUCUUCCAGGAGAGAGGGUCUGGGUUCUCGCUUGCUCGGCUGAUGGGGAGGUGGGGGUUGAGGUACGCGAAGAUCGACUUUGUCCCGUCUUGCUCAGCUCUGGUGGGAUCCUGCCGGGAGGAGGCUGGGGAGGAGGUGACGAUCUGCUAA